CACAACCAAACUACUCUCUCUCUCUCUCCGCAACACCGCGUGGUCAUACAAAAUUCCCAUCCAUAUAUAAACGUCUCUAAACUCUGCUCAUUCUCACAGAUCAUCCUAAACAUAAAAGAGCUCUAAACACACACACUCUUUUCAUCUUCUCUCAUUUUGUCUUCUUCAACUAGAACCGAGUCUCAAAAAAUGCCGCGGAAGGGCACCUGGAACCUCCUGCGCCUAGUGCUGCUCUGGGCGAGGAAAGGCGGGGCGCUCAAGUUGCAGCUCCGCCUCGUGCCCAAGUUCCUCAAGACCAUUGGCCAGGCGACACCGAGCAGCCAAAUCUGGUACGGAGAGCGCGAGCUCUCCUUCGACAAGACCCCGGUCGUCCACGUGAAGAUGCACCGCCCGGGGUCGAUGCGGUGUCACCUGCCACACAUCCCGUGUAUAAACCCCCACGUUGACCUCGAUCCGGAGUUCGAUGAUGAGGACGACCAGCUAUGCUAUGGGUACGACGCUGCAAGGAAGAGCUUUCUCGAAAAUGGGGGCAGGGAGGAAACUCAUUUCGAUGAGGAGGUGGAUGGAAGAAUGGAUAUGGAGGAAGAGCAAGAGAUUGACACAAGAGCAGAGGAGUUCAUAGCUAGAUUCUACGAACAAAUGAAGCUGCAAAGGCAAAUUUCGUACCUUCAGUACGAUGAGAUGCCACAACCAAGGGCAAGCUGAUCCCCAUUCAGUGUUAACAAUUUUUGCACCACAUUCAACUUUCUGUCUAUUCAUUUUUGUAAAAGAGCCGCGGCACUUUGUAAAUAAUGCAAAUUUCUCAUGAGUUCCAUUCAUUCUUUUCCACAGCUUUUUUACACAA